AUGAAUCAUCAUAUUGUCAAGGUCCGCUCAGCGCUCCCUGCCAUAGACGACCGACCCCCUCCCCCGCGCGCUCAUGUCGCCGUGAAACUGAAGAAGUACCAACGAGAGGCCGACCGAGCCCGCAAGAUAGAGCAGGACAACUAUAGCCUGCUGCAGCGGCUCUCUUCCAUCAUGAGGACCAAGCGGCUUGACAACUGCUGGGAGACGCCACUGCCCAAUUUCCGCCACAAAGUGGGCAUGUUCUACGAAGAAGACGCGCUGAGCGGGCGGGUAGCGGCGCGGGCUUGCUCGCAAGUGUCCGAAGACUCCUCCUACACGGGGAAUGUUAAAUGCUUUGCCUGCUACCAUAAGAGGAAAACCGUGCUUCAGCUGAAUAAGGUGUACGGCAAACGCUCCUCUUCCUCCACCCUGCCUUCUAUCUGA